AAUGAUCGAUCCUUCCCACGUUCGAAGCUUCCCCUGUCACUGUCCAUCCAUGGUGGUGGUCAGACAACCCCAGCACACAAGAAAUCUGCCAUUUGCCCAGUCCACCGCUGGGUUGCAGUUUUUGAUGAAGAGAUUGACUUGACCUGAGCACCCUUCCGAUUGUAAAUAGCAGUUUUUGUAUUGCUGUUGGUUGAGUGAUUGGGCAAUCAUCCAAUACAUAUCUUGGCUUCUUGGCUGGACUCCAGUAACCGAGGUCGCGUGCCUCCGCUCGCUCGCUCGCUCAUCGUCGUCGUCUUCCUCGGGGCCUCUCUCGUCGUGGAGCGGAGGCGUGCCGCGUAGCAGGGGUGAGCCCAUGUGGGUGGAUUGAUUUGGGGGGAUUUCGUGCUGUUUUGGUGGAAGAGCUCUCUUCUGUACGGUUUCUUGGUUGCGCUCUCGCACCAAGAACAUCUCCUUUUUCCUUCUUGCUCCUCUCUCUCUCUCUCUCUCUCUCUCUCUCUCUCUCUCUCUCUCUCUCUCUCUCUCUCUCUCUCUCUCUCUCUCUGGGUCUCGGACUCUCGGCUCUUGAUUCUUGGUUCUUGGUGAGUGUAGGCGAGAAUAAGGCGGGUUCUUGGUGGGUUUAUAAGGGAAUUCAACUGAGGUGAGAAAUGGGGGCAAAGGACUCCAAGCCCUCAUACAGCUAUUCUUCUUCAUAUGAUCAUGGGAAUUCAUCAUCGGGAUAUAACUCGAGAUACCCUGCAUACCCUGCAAAUGCAUCUUCCAGUCAGAACACAAGGUAUGCUCCUUCUAUGGAGAACUAUGUGCAGCCAGAAACGCAUGCCAGGUUGCAGAGGAAGUACUCGAGGAUUGGUGAUGACUACCGCUCUCUGAAUCAAGUGACUGAAGCUUUGGCACAAGCAGGUCUUGAAUCAUCAAAUCUUAUUGUAGGCAUUGAUUUUACAAAGAGCAAUGAAUGGACAGGUAAACUUUCCUUCAAUCGCCGAUGUCUGCAUGAUAUUGGAAACACUCCAAAUCCAUAUGAGCAAGCAAUAUCUAUUAUUGGAAGGACACUUUCAGCUUUUGAUGAAGAUAAUUUGAUUCCUUGCUUUGGAUUUGGUGACGCAUCAACUCAUGAUCAGGAGGUAUUCAGCUUUUAUCCAGAGAACCGCCCAUGCAACGGAUUUGAAGAGGCAUUAGAAAGAUACAGAGAAAUUGUUCCGACUCUUCGAUUAGCUGGACCAACAUCUUUUGCCCCGAUGAUUGAAACAGCAAUUGGUAUUGUAGACAGCACUGGUGGUCAGUAUCAUGUUCUUCUGAUAAUAGCCGAUGGACAGGUUACUCGAAGUGUUGAUACACAGUCUGGGCAGUUAAGCCCGCAGGAGCGUGAUACGAUUGAUGCUAUAGUAAAAGCUAGCCAGUUCCCCUUGUCUAUUGUUCUUGUUGGGGUGGGUGAUGGACCAUGGGACAUGAUGCAUCAGUUUGAUGACAAUAUACCUGCUCGCUCAUUUGACAAUUUCCAGUUUGUGAAUUUCACGGACAUCAUGUCAAAGAGCAUAGCAGCUGACAGGAAGGAGGCAGAAUUUGCACUAUCCGCCUUGAUGGAAAUCCCAACACAAUACAAGGCAACACUUGAUCUCCAACUUCUAGGCCGUCGCCAAAGAAUACAGCCAAGAAUUCCUCUGCCGCCACCUAUGAGGAAUGCUUAUUCGAGGUCUACUAGCUUUGACCAACAUUCUGGUGUUUAUUCACGAUCUAGUAGCUUCGGCCCACAAACAAGUGGCUUUCAGCAAUCUGAAAGCUUCAAACAGAGACAGCCUGUGGCUACCACUGCACCUGACACUUAUACCUCGGAAAGUUCUUUAGAAGGAAGACUUUUGUGCGCUAUCUGUAUGGAUAAAUCAAAGGAUCUUGCAUUUGGAUGUGGACAUCAGACCUGUUAUGAAUGCGGGAAGAAUUUGGUGCGCUGCCCUAUGUGCCAGCAGCAUAUAACCACAAGGAUCAGGCUGUACUGAGAAAACAAAAAUGGAUAUCCUGAAGUUUCUGAAGCCUGCAGAAACAGAAUCUCCAACAUCAGAAGAAACUCCUGUGCAAAAUUUAUGAACCAGCCUAAAUUGUACUGUUCUUUCGUCUUGUAAUUGGUGGUUUACUAUUAUUAUUGCAGUGAGAAAUGUUUAGGCAGAUAGUGAUCCAUAUAAAAAGCUAAGGCACACACUGUAGUAUUAACUACAGUAGUUAUGUGAAGAAGAGGUACACUAAAUAAUGUACAGUAAUUAGCUUCUCUAUUAUACAUUCUCCUUUCUUUCCCUUGGUAAAUAAGAUAAAAGGUUGCAAAAUUUCCAGGAA